AUGGUCCGCCCACACAGCUCCGUCCUCCGCGGAGCUCUGCGUACCAUCCAGUCUCGCCCAUCAACAGGCAUUUCACAGCAAAGACUCUUCGCUGCUUCUGCCCGAUACCGCGCCAACGAGAAGCAACAAGCAUCCUUCAAGAGUCAGCUCUAUGAGAGUACUCAGCAGCGAUUGAAGCGCGAGCGCGCCGAGCAAGAGCGUUAUGCUCAGUAUCAGACUCAGUCAUCUGGCGGUCGCUAUGCGGCUAUGAUGUUCGCUCUGAUCUUCUUCUCGUCCGGCGCUUACUACCUCGGAUCCCUCAAGCCCGCUGCCCUCCCCAGCUCUUCCACAACCUCCCUUGCAGACCUCGAGCCUCCCCGGCACAAUAUCUCCCAGUCCAAUCUCCAGGCUGCGUGGUCGGACUUUGUCGAGAUCCUCGGCAAAGAGAAUGUCUCGACUUCCCCCGGUGAUCUCGAGACUCAUGCCGGCUCCGACUGGUCAUCUUAUAGCCGCAAGGAGGAUGAGAAGCCUUUCCUCGUCCUUUAUCCCGCUACUACCGAGGAGGUGUCACGUAUCAUGAAGGUUUGCCAUCAGCGCGUUAUCCCCGUUACCCCAUACUCGGGCGGUACCAGCUUGGAGGGACACUUUGCAUCCACGCGUGGCGGUGUGUGCAUUGAUUUCCGCCGUAUGAAUCGCAUUUUGGACCUCCAUAAGCGCGAUCUGGAUGUCGUGGUUCAACCUGCUGUGGGCUGGGAGGAUUUGAAUGAGCAGUUGGCCAAGGAUGGCCUGUUCUUCCCCCCGGACCCAGGUCCAGGUGCCAUGAUCGGUGGAAUGGUUGGCACGGGGUGCUCGGGCACUAAUGCCUACCGCUACGGCACCAUGCGUGAGUGGGUGCUCUCGCUGACCGUCGUUCUGGCCGAUGGAACAAUUAUCAAGACCCGUCAGCGUCCGCGCAAGUCCAGCGCCGGCUAUGAUUUGAAUAAGCUCUUCAUUGGCAGCGAGGGUACCCUCGGUCUGAUCACCGAGGCCACCUUGAAGUUGACCGUCAAGCCGGCCAGCCAAAACGUUGCCGUCGCAAGUUUCCCCAGCAUCCAGAACGCCGCUGAGUGUGUCACCCACGUCGUCGAGGCCGGCAUCCCAGUCGCAGGCGUCGAGAUCCUCGACGACGUGCAGAUGAAAUGCAUUAAUGCCAGUGGAUACACCAGCCGCGAGUGGAAAGAGUCUCCUACCAUCUUCUUCCGCUUCGCUGGCACCCCGGCCGCUGUCAAGGAGCAGGUUGGUAUGGUGCAGAAGAUCGCCUCUAAGACCUCUAGCAAGUCCUUUGAAUUUGCCCGCGGUGAUGAGGAAAUGGCCGAGUUGUGGAGCGCCCGCAAAGCCGCGCUGUGGAGUGUCAUGGCCAUGCGCAGAAACCCCGAUGACCACGUCUGGACUACCGAUGUCGCUGUCCCCAUGAGCAGACUGCCCGAUAUCAUCGAUGCCACCAAGGCUGAUAUGACGAAGAGUGGCCUGUUGGCUGGUAUCUGUGGUCACGUUGGUGAUGGUAACUUCCACGCCAUCAUCCUUUUCAGCGACAAGGAGAAGGAAAUUGCCGAGGGUGUCGUCCAUCGCAUGGUCAAGCGGGCUGUCGAGAUGGAAGGCACUGUGACUGGCGAGCACGGCGUUGGUCUCGUCAAGCGCGAUUAUCUUGCCCAUGAGCUGGGCGAGUCUACUGUGGACGCGAUGCGCCGACUGAAAUUGGCCUUUGACCCCCUCCGCCUGCUCAACUGUGACAAGGUUGUUCGUGUUGAGCAGCCCGCACCAGGAGAGGUAAAGGAAUGGUAG